CUGGGUAAUGACUGUAUCAUGUUCUUAGGUUCCUAUAAGGUGCCAUGGAGUCUAUUUCUCCAUGGAAGAGUCAAAAUGUUUAGAAGGAAACAAAGAUCUGUACAAGGACGUCAUGAUGGAGGAUCACCGGCCUCUCACAUCAUCAGUUAGAUCCGGUAAGAUAAAAACACAGGAGAGGCGGCACAGUCCUCUUGUUCCACAGCAUGGUUCAGAAGAACAUCACAAUGUCCCACAGGAUGAUCAGGUUUUGGAUCCAGAUAAAGAUCUGAAAAUGAUUAAGGCUACAGAGACAUAUGUGAAGGGUGAGCAGAGUAUAGAGGACAUUCCUACAGAUAACCGCCCAGAUGACUGUACCAGGAGCUCAGAGGGACAUCUGAAAUCUUCUGAUUUUAAAACAGAGGAUUGUGGUAUCACAGAGGACACUUACAAAGAAGAUGCCAUUAUCCCAGAUAUACCCUUAGUUCUUCACAGCAAACACCUAUCAUCUGAUUUGUCACAGCAAAAUAAAAGCCACAGAAAAGCGAAAACAAGGGAGAAGCGAUUUUUAUGUUCAGAAUGUGGAAAAGGUUUUCCCCAUAGAUCAUCUCUUGUUAUACAUAAGAGAAUUCACACAGGGGAGAAGCCAUAUGCAUGUUCAGGCUGCGGGAAAUGUUUUAAAGAUAAGUCAGCUCUUAUUAAACAUGAAAGAAUUCACACGGGGGAGAAGCCAUAUUCAUGUUCAUACUGUGGUAAAUGUUUCAAUGUGGUAUCAAUUCUUGUUAAACAUCAGAGAAUUCACAUGGGAGCAAACCCUUUUCUAUGUUCAGAAUGUGGGAGAAGUUUUACAGAAAGAUCCGCCCUUAUUACACAUGAGAGAAUUCACUCAGGGGCGAAGCCAUUCUCGUGUUUGGAAUGUGGGAAAUGUUUUACCCAAAAAUCAACUCUUAUUAAACAUCAGAGAAUUCACACGGGGGAGAAGCUAUAUUCAUGUUCAUACUGUGGUAAAUGUUUCAAUGUGGUAUCAAUUCUUGUUAAACAUCAGAGAAUUCACACGGGAGCAAAGCCUUUUCUAUGUUCAGAAUGUGGGAGAAGUUUUACAGAAAGAUCCGCCCUUAUUACACAUGAGAGAAUUCACUCAGGGGCGAAGCCAUUCUCGUGUUCGGAAUGUGGGAAAUGUUUUACCCAAAAAUCAACUCUUGUAAAACAUCAGAUAAUUCACACAGGGGAGAAGACCUAUGCAUGUUCAGGCUGCGGGAAAUGUUUUACAGAUAAGUCAGCUCUUAUUAAACAUGAGAGAAUUCACACGGAAGAGAACCCAUAUUCAUGUUCAUACUGUGGUAAAUGUUUCAAUGUGGUAUCAAUUCUUGUUAAACAUCAGAGAAUUCACACGGGAGCAAAGCCUUUUCUAUGUUCAGAAUGUGGGAGAAGUUUUACAGAAAGAUCUGCCCUUAUUACACAUGAGAGUAGUCACUCAGGGGCGAAUCCUAUCUCGUGUUCGGAAUGUGGGAAAUGUUUUACCCAAAAAUCAACUCUUGUUAAACAUCAGAGAAUUCACACAGGGGUAAGGCCAUUUUCCUGUUCAGAAUGUGGGAAGAGUUUUACUCAGAAAUCAACUCUAGUUAAACAUCAGAGACUUCACACAGGGGAGAAGCCAUUUUCAUGCCAAAAAUGUGGGAAAUGUUUCAAAGAGAAAUCGACACUUGUUAAACAUGAGAGAAAUCACAUAGGUUUGAGGCCAUUUCCAUGUUCAGAAUGCGAGAAAUGCUUUAACCAAAAAUCAGAUCUUGAUAGACAUCAGAGAAUUCACACAGGGGAGAAGCCAUUUUCAUGUUCCGAGUGUGGGAAAUGUUAUAGACUUAAGGCAGGUCUUGUGGCUCAUCAGAGGAGUCACACAGGGUAGAAGUUAUUUUGAUGUACCGUAUGUGGAAAGUGUUAAAGUUCACUGUAAAUGCGCAUCGAUGAACUCACACAGGAAGCACAUUUUCGUGCCCAGAUUCUACCUGUGUCAUAAUAGCAGACUAGCUCUGUACUUUUACAGCAUUAUAAUUAUGUGGAUACUGUCACUGUGCCUACACAAUCAGCAACAAGAUUAUGACUAAUAAAAUAAAAAAAAGCUACAACUACAAUCAGAUAAGUCCCAGCAGUUUAACCUCUUAAAUGUCACAGUAAAAAGUGACUUCAGUGUUUGGUAUUUGUAUCUACAGAGGCAUGACAUCAGUGUUCAGUAUAAUUAUGUUUUAUUAAUACUUAUAUGAAACAGUAAAUACGUUAACCGUUUUUUAAAUUUUUA